AUGUACAGCUUCAACGUCAAGCGGCGAGCCAGCACCGACCUCCGCGUGGCCUCCAAGCGGCUCCACACCUCCCCUCCACCGGCGCCGCCGCCGGCUCCACCGCCCGCCGUCAGCGCCACCUACACAGCGCCGGGGGCGAUAGUAGCGCCUCUGGCGGCGGCCGGCCGACUCACCGCCGUGCUGCCGGCCGCCGGUCCCGAGCUGCCUGAACUGCAGCUGGAGGCGGAACACGGCGGGACGGCCGGACUGCACCUGCUGACCUGUCGGCAGGGCGCGGAGUUCCGCUGGCGGACGGUGCUCUCCUCCCCGGCGGUGGCUCUCCGCUGCUGCGAGGAGCGCUGCCUGGCCUGGACUGCCGACGGCUCGCUGCUCUGCCUCUCUCGCGCCGGCCGGCUCCUCCUGCCCCCUCUGGCCAUGCCGGGGCCCGUGGCGCGAGUGGCCGCCCGCGGCCGGCACGUGCUGGUGGUCACGUGCGCCGCGGAGGUGAGCACGUGGGACGUGCGCGCGGUGGCGGCGCGCGUGCGCCGGGAGCCGGCGGCGCAUCUACUGCGCGGCGGCGCGCGGCUGACGGGCUGUACGCUGACCGAGGACGGGCGGCCGGUACUUGUCGUGUCCUCAGGCAGGGCGUACCUCUACAGCGAGACCAUGGCCGGCUGGCAGCUGGUCACCGACGGCCGUGCGCCGGGCGCCGCCCUGUCCGAGGUGCAGCCGCAGCUGCCGGCCGCCCCUGCCAGCGGUCAGGCGCUGGCUGUACUGAUGGCCCAGGUGCGUCGGCUGCGGCCGGCCGCCCCCGCCGCCGCCCCCGCCCUGGCGGCCGCCGCCGCCGACCCCCAGCUGGCUGCCGACGCCGCCGCCUCCUUCCUCGAUUCGCAGGUGGCCGCUGCGGUGGCCCUGGGCUCACCGGGCGAGUACUCGCUGUGGCUGGCGGCUCUGUUCCGUCAGCUGGCCUCCUGCGGGGACGAGGCUCGGCUGAGGGACCUCUGCGAGCGGCUACUGGGGCCGGCCCACUCCGGCGCCAGCCUCAGCGCCAGUCCGACCGCUGAGCUGGGGCUGGACGGCAGGACACUGCUCAAAGAGCUGCUGCCUCUGCUGGUGUCCCACCUCAGUCUGCAGCGGCUCUACACCGAGAUCAAGGACCAGCUGGACUGUGUAGAGCUGGCCGACUCAAUAUAGGAGGCGUCCCGUCCCACCUCUACACAGAGAUCAAGGACCAGCUGGACUGUGUGGAGCUGGCCGACUCCAUAUAGGUACAGAGGGAGAGGCGGCCACCUCUACACCGAGAUCAAGGACCAGCUGGACUGUGUCGAGCCGGCCGACUCCAUAUAGGUACAGAGGGAGAGCCUGCCACCUCUACACCGAGAUCAAGGACCAGCUGGAAUGUGUCGAGCUGGCCGACUCCAUAUAGGUACAGAGGGAGAGCCUGCCACCUCUACACGGAGACCAAGGACCAGCUGGACUGUGUCGAGCUGGCCGACUCCAUAUAGGAGCCAGGAGGCGUCCCGUCCCACAUCUACACCGAGAGAAAGGACCAGCUGGACUGUGUGGAGCUGGCCGCCGAGCUGUAGGAGCAGAGGGAGACCCUGCCGCCCUCCUGAGGCCGUGCACAGGACGUGGUGCGGUUACUGAGGCGGGGAACACAUUGCCACACUGCUGGACGGGUGGGGUUUACUCGGGACCCGGUGACCGGCGGUUUAAACGAGCUAUGCAGCUAACGCCUGUGUUCAGAUGAGGCUGAAUAGUCGGUGUAGCGUGUUACAUUUGUACAGUGGUUUAGUGUACAUUUGUAGGUACUGCUGGAUAGGGCAGGUUUUUGACAAGUCUACAUGGAUUGAAAUCCGCGCGUCCCUGUAUCCUAGAUACCGUACGGCGGCUCCGUUAAUGGCGGCCGUCAGGUGCUGCCAAUCGGACACCCAUUCCACUGAGCUAACAGUUACACUACGGCGUACUGACGUGACGUUCCGCGUCAUAUGACGUCAAUGUCCUGCCGUCAUCUAGCCAUUGUUACACCCAUUCACUGCCACUUGGUCACUGCCCUGGCCCAGUCUCUUGGUCGCUCGAGAUGAGUAAAACGUGUUCUACGCUGUAGGUUCGCCGGCGUGUUGCAAGGCAACCGGCAAAGCACGCAGGCUGAACAAUCUCCCAGUCAAGUGGUAGCUCUGGAGGUUCAUAGAGAUUUGAUAGUGAGGCUGUUGGUUUUGAUAUGUUCUGUAUCAAACGCCGAGAAUAAGUGAUUUUGUACGAUAUGUCCGAAGUACAAAGGUUGUGUUUUUCGAAGCGGGAAUGUUAAAUGGAAGCCAUUGUCCGCUUUUCGAAUCAAUUUGAGUUGUGCUUUUGUUUUGUCGAUAAAUAGGUUGAUUUUGGCAUUUAUUGCCGAUUGUUUCGUGACAUUGUAUUUUGUCAGUCAACUCAUUUCAUUUUGCGUCGUUUACUUGUGCUGGUUGUUUUGUGCGGCUUGUUUUGAAGGGUACGUAUGCGCUUGCACUGCGCUGUACUGAGAGAACAGAGGUUGGGAGUUGCCAAGUAAAGUAGUUGCCAGAUGGGCAGAUGCUACUGUUAUCUGUGAAAGCUGGUGAAAAUAUAAUUGUUUCAUGACA